AUGUUUCUAAACAUCAUAAGAUCUGAUAAGUUACUAGGGCGAAGGAAGAUUGGGCUUGUCUGUAGACUUCUACAUUCUUCCUACAGAGAUGUCUGCUGUAGCUUAGAGCAGCAGGACGUCACGGCGCAUGAAUACAAGAGUGUCGGCAUAAGCACAACUGCUAAGCAGCAAAGCGACUUGGAAGACAGCGAAGCGGCUAAGAAUAUUGUAUACCGUUCCGCCUGGCUCCACAUAGAUGACUGUCUGGGCCAUAACCAUCUGCCGUACACGUCACUGGCCGGCAUCUUCGUCAUCGUCAUUGUCGCCAUCUUGGUAUCUUCCGACAUCAUCGAUAUCCGCAUCCAGCUCACCCAUUUGCCCAUAUGA